CUCAUCCAAUCGAAACUAAACAAAGACAUGUCGGUGUAUGUGCUGGUGUAUAUACUCAAAGUCAUGCUAUUGCUUAUGUUGCUGAAAUAUUUGAUAAAGUUGGCAAAUUGGAUAAUUUAAAGAAAUUUAUAAGUGAUCAUGGUAUUAAGUUUUAUGGAUUAAGUGAGGAUGUAUUGAGUAAACAUAAGGGGGAAUCUACUUGGUUAGUUGAACGUGAAAAUAAAGUGCCUGAAGUAUUUGCAAAUUCAGAUGUUUCUGUUGUACCGUUUAAAGCUGGUGAUGUAUUAAAGUAUGCCGUUGAAUGGAGAUAG